GAUGUUACGCUACAAUAGCCUAUGAUCUACAAACCACUUGGACGGUCUUAUCUGCUCACUUAUUAGCUAUAUGGUUGAUCAGUUUCAUAUAAGAGUCUAAUAACCUGCACAGAGACUCGAGGAAAGGAAAUCCAGCGCGCGUUAAAUAAACCAUCGUACACGCCUUCAUUACAAAAGCCCUUACUAACAAAAAUGGCGAAAGGAAUGUACUUAGAGCACUAUUUAGACAGUAUCGAGGGACUUCCCUGCGAGCUGCAGAGAAACUUUUCAUUAAUGGGGGAUUUGGAUAACAGGACUGAAGAGAAAAAAGCAGAGAUAAGUGAACUAGCUUCUGAGUAUAUUGCAAAUGUUAGAAAUCUGGCAUCCGAGGAGCGUGUCCAGCAUCUAAAGAAGAUUGAAAACGCCUACACCAAAUGCAAAGAGUACAGCGAUGACAAAGUUCAGCUUGCAAUGCAGAUAUAUGAAAUGGUGGAUAAACACAUUCGGAGGUUGGAUGCUGAUCUAGCACGCUUUGAGAACGAUCUGCAGGAGAAACUGGACUCUGGUAGUCCGGAUAGCUCUGAUGAGAAGCAAUCUCGAAAGGAUAAGAAUAUAAAAGACAAGAAGGGAUCCAUUGGAAGAGACAAGAAAGGAUCAGAUCCAGACUCACCCAAGCAGAAAAGACAGAAAACUGGUUCCAACAUAAGUGAAUCUCUGCUCGCCAUGCAUCCAUCAGAUGUCCUGGAUAUGCCAGUGGACCCUAAUGAACCCACAUACUGUUUGUGUAGUCAAGUAUCAUAUGGAGAAAUGAUUGGAUGUGACAAUUCUGAUUGUCCAAUAGAGUGGUUUCACUUUGCCUGUGUCGGCCUAACAACCAAACCAAAGGGAAAAUGGUUCUGUCCCAGAUGUACCCAAGAGAUGAGAAAAAAAUAGUCUAUUACAAUGCAUCCUGAAUCAAAUAUCCAGUCUCUUACUGGGGUUAUACCAUAUUCAGUGGAAAUCAAUUGACUUCUUGUAUCAGUGCCUUUGCAAUGUAGAUGACCAUGAAUGUUACAACAGGAAAGAAUAAAAUGUAUUUUCAAGUUGCUGCCAGCAGAGGGUUUGGAUCUCUUUCAUUUGGCUUUAAAAAUAAAAGUUUAUUUAUGAUGACGCUCACCAUUGUUACUUUUUAUGUCUUGUCUGAACAAUUUAAUCUCGUAUCUUACUAUCUAUAAACAUUUUUUUUUUUUAAAUAAUAUAUUUAUCUAAAUAACGCCUGACUCUCGUAGGGCUUAAAUGAAACACUUAUGUUGGCAUACCGGUAAAUAAAGUCAGAAUCUACUCAGUUUAGGGAAAUGUAGUUUUAGAGCACGCCACAUUACCGCAUUGCAAUGAGUUCUAGACUACAUUUCCCGUCAUGCAGCAGAAUCGUCGUAACUCAUGGACGGAACCCAUUUGCCAGCAGCAGUAGUUUGAGGUUGCAGAAAACUUCUUAUUAUACUCACUAUUUCGCACAGUUUAAUAUUUUUUAUUUAUAUAUAUAUUUAAAAAAAAAAUAAUAGAUUAGAUUAAAAGCUGUCCAACCUAAAAAGCUACGUUUAGUGAAGUACAAACAUUGGGCUGGGUCGACAGUUCCGCUUCCCCUCCGCCAUAGCAGACAGAUCCCGGGUCCAAGAAGUAGUUAACUGAAAAAAACUAACUAGCACGUCGACACGGCGUCCAAAAUCAUAAUCUCCAGGGAGAUAUUCUCAUUAUACUUGCAGCGAAAUCAGUUUAUGAGCGUGAAAAAGGCGGAGCUAAAACUUUGAAGAGGUUUGCGGGAGUUCUGGUUGAUCUCUGAAACCCUAUAACCCCUCUGAGUGUUUUUCCCUGUCAUGUCUGACAACGGAGAGCUGGAGGACAAACCCCCUGCCCCCCCAGUCAGAAUGAGCAGCACCUUUAACACCAGCAUCAAGGACAGUAUGUCAGCAAAUCCCAGCUCUAAACCCCUGCCCUCCGUCCCUGAGGAGAAGAGGGAUAAACCUCGCAACAAGAUCAUAUCCAUAUUCUCAGCAGAGAAAGGUAAGA